AUGGGCAACUUGUGUCUCCUGUAUAGCUUUGUUAGCUUAAAGGGUAGCUUGGACGACUUUCAUGAAUUUAGCCAACUGCUCAGGUUGGAUGUAGGUGCUAGGAGGGUCAGACAUAUCCUGAUUAAUCUUGGAAUUUACAUGGUAGAUAAUAGGACCGAGUUCUCAGUAUUGGUGGAUCGAUCAGUGGGCGGAUCCAGUAUGGUGGAUGGACAAGUUGAGCUGAUGCUUCAUAGGAGGUUGCUUCAUGAUGAUUCUAGAGGUGUUGCCGAGGCUUUAAGUGAACAGGUCUGCAUUCUAGAUGAAUGCACAGGACUAAUAAUCCAAGGAAGUUUUUAUCUCAGAAUUGACCCUCUGGGUGAGGGUGCUAAAUGGCGACGUUCAGCUGGACAAGAAAUAUAUUCUCCAUUUCUCUUGGCCUUCACAGAACAGGCUGGAGGUAACUGGACAAGUUCUCAUGUAUCAACCUUUUCAGGAGUGGAUCCCUCCUACAAUUUACCAGAUAACGUUGCACUUUUAACUCUCCAGGAGCAUGAAGAUGGAAACGUUCUCCUUCGGUUGGCACAUCUAUAUGAGAUGGGAGAGGAUAAGGACCUUGCAGUGAUGGCAAGCGUGGAUCUCAAAAUGCUGUUCCCUAAAAAGAAGAUUAUUAAAGUAGUGGAGAUGAACUUAUCUGCUAAUCAAGAAAGAGCAGAAAUGAAGAAGAAGAGACUAGAAUGGAAUGUUGAAGGUGCUCCAAUGAAUGAACCCAAGGCGACAAGGGGAGAGCCUGUUGAUCCUGCAAAGCUAGUGGUGGAGCUGGGUCCUAUGGAAAUCCGCACCUUCAUCGUCACGUUUGAUUACAUUUUCCUCAAUACCAUUGAUCCUUGAAAGGCUCAAAAAUGAUUUGUUGAUUCCUGACAGAUUCCAAGAAAUGCUGUUCUCUUUUGAAGUGAAGAAGCACGAUUCUUGGUGAUCCUAAUUCACUCCGUCCCAUGUUGCACCUCCCAAGUAAUGUUUGCUCACUCAUGUGCCCAGAAGAAAGUUGACCUCUCUAAUUUCUCAAUGGAACUGAAUUGACAAUCUUUACUGCUUGAAAUGUAUUAUUCCAGUCUUCAAAUUUCAUCCAUGGUAAAUUGGUCAUGAAGCACGCAAUACUUCAGACCAUGAACAGCAUCGUUCUAGAAACAUAAGCUCAGUUUCUACCCCAAAAUAAUAAAUAAAUAAAUAAAAUGAGAAAUAUAAGCUCUUUGUUUAAGUAAA